AUGACUGAAAAUGUAACACAAAAGAAUGAAAAAUAUAUAAAGCUAACACAAGAUGAUAAAAAAAAUACAAUGAUCGCAUUAAUCGGUUUGGGUAUUAUGUACAUAUGCAUAUACACAAUAAUCCGAAGAAUAAGAAUAUAUAAGGAGAAGAAAUCUGUGGAAGAAGCAUUGAGACAAUAUGAUCUCGAUAAAAAACGAUAUAUAGAAACGGGAAUUACGAGAUAA